UACAUGUUCCUUUUCAGAUAUCUUAAAUUAAAUUUUGACUAGGCGAAAUGACGUUGUAGAUAUCUGUAACUGGAAUUAUGACUAGUCAAAAUGGCAUUGUAGAUAUCUCAAACUGGAGUUAGGGAUAGUCAUAAUUUAAUUGUAGAUAUCUAUUAUCAAGUUAUAGAUAUCUUGAAAUGAAUUUUGAUUAGAGAUAUCUGAAAUUUUAGAUAUCUGUAAUUUUCAUUCAGCCUAGUCAAAAUGUAAUUACAGAUAUCUUGAAUUAGAGUUUUGACUAGGCGAAAUGACGUUGCAGAUAUCUUUAUGCAAAUUAGGCCCGCAUCGCACUUUAGGCGGGAGCAGAGCGUGUUGUUGUUCUAAUCAUUCAAAUCGCACCUGUUAACUUGUAAUUAGCACCAUGUCGGAGCAGCCAGAGGGCGAAGGAAUUUUUAAUCGUCUUUUUAAUGCUGCAGCCCGUGCACGACAGGAGCUGGCAGCGAGAAAUGAUGAUUCAACCUUACUCUCCACAACAAGACGACUAUUUCGCCGGCGAGUUCAUCGAGUUCGAGGAGGAUCUGGUGGCCGCAGGGAAAACCCUAUUUGGCAAGCAAAACUUUUCCUCCUUCCAGGGCCAGAUAAUGGUUUUCUGCCCCCCACAAUAGAACUUGAGGAACUGGCUAAACAUGGAUUAGGAAAACCUGUGCACGAGUCAACGGAGGCCGGACGCACAAACUCAAAGAUUGGGUUAAACUGGAGUUUAUCUGAGUUAAACAACUUUGUUUGCCAAAGCUACCCUCACAUAAGUUUAAAUUUGGUAAGCUUUGAAUUGGCAAGGACAGGAAGGACGCAAGUUAGUUCUGUGAAGGAACUAAAAGCAGUUGUUGGCAAAAGCAGGCUUUACAUCGUGCCACGAGCCACUGUCUUGCAGGUAACAUCACCACCCUCUGCCAUUUCCCAGAAUUCAUUACCACCACUCGCAGCUCCAGCAGUAGAUGAGACCUCACAAGUGGUUUCAGAUCAGGUGGCAUCCACAUCCUCUGCCAUAUCCAUGAAUUCAUUCCCACCACUCUCAAUUGCUCCGGUACAAGAUGAGACCACGCCUGUGGCUGAGAGUACCCAAGCUCAAAGUGUGGUUGCAAAUCAGGCUCUUCAAGAAUGGCAAGCAAUACGUGCCCAGCAAGACCAGGAGUAUAAUACAAGUUUGUUGGUGGAUCAGGAGAAGGUAAUGCUUCCAAGAGAGAAGAAACUAGUCUAUCAGGCUUGUGAGGAAAGACGUCAAAAGGCUAUUGAGGCUAGACGUCAACGAAUGUCUGCAUGUGAGGAACCCUCAGAUGGGGUGUUGAUCAAAUUUAAAUAUCCAAAUGGACACACCAAUAUGAGGAAAUUCCGUUUGUCGGAGCCAAUCCAGAUCUUGUUUGACUUUGUGGGACAAGAUGAUAUUGCCAGUGAAAUCUUUGUGGUGCAAGAAGCUGCAUCAUCAAGAUCAGUUGAGAGCAGUUGCUCCGGGUCAAUAAUGGAUCAUGGCAUAAAUGCAUCCUCAACUCUAUAUGUGCUUUGGUUUUCAAAUAAGGAUGUACAGGAAAUUCUCUCAGAUCAACAAAAUGAUGGAGCUUAUGCCCUACACCAUACAUCUCAUGGUCAGUCAUCACUGUCUGAGACCUCCACCCAGCCAAGUCUCUCUGUGCCCUCUUUCCAGCCACCGCUGCCUGAGCCCUCCACCCGCUCAGCGCUGCCUGAGCCCUCCACCCGGCAACCGCUCACUCUGUUCUCACAACCACAAGAAAUCCUGACUCUUUAUGAUGAACCAUCACUCUCUCCUUUAUCUGGCCAAGAACCAAUCAUUAUUCUUGAUGAACAAGAUGAGUCGGUUUCACAAAAUCAGUCUCCUGUAUCAACACAUCACCUCGGAGGACCUGUGGAUGAGAUUGAUCUACAGACCAUAUUGAAAAUGGUCAGCAAAGUUGAUGGAAGAUUCUGUCCAACAAGCAACCAAAUAAAUGUGUGCAGGGAUAAUGUUUUACUGUGUAGCCUGCGGGCAUUCAAGCGUAGGUUCUUCAACCCUGAAGCAAAAUUGGAUGUUGUGUUUGUGGAUGAAGAUGACAAUGGUGAAGGGGCAGUUGACGAAGGCGGCCCGACAAGAGAGUACCUAAGGCUGUUGAUGAGGGCCGUCCACCAGUCAAAUAUCUUUGAGGGACAUGAGAAAGACCGGCAGUUGUCUCUUGAUACUCAAGGUAGGGAAGCCCCAAUUCUUAGGACUGUCCUCAUUCAACUGGCAGAAUUCUAGAAAUGUAUACACGGAAACAUGAUUUCUCCCUUAUUUCUCCUGUCUGAUUUGUUUAUUCUGUUUUUUUUUUUUUUUUUUUUAA